AUGUAUCCUGUGGACGACCGCCGACUGGACCGCAUACAGAUGCUGAAGCCAGAAUGUGAGACGAUGUUCUUCGGAAACAGGAGCAGAAACGUACCCACGCUCGGGCAGCACCAUUGUGAGCUGCCGACAGUUUUGCAUUCGAAGUUGUUUGAGCAUGAUGUCGAUUGUGAGCAACCGGUGAGCGGUGUUUCCUCCAAAAACGAGGAACGCGACUCGUACUCGGGAGCUCCUCGGACACAGGCUGAAACAACACAAGCUUAA